AUGCGCUGCGCAAUCAAGCAAGCAAGUAGUGGCCAGGCAGCUAGCGGCCACGCGCGCGCCGCGGCGCGCACGAGCGCGACGCCGCGCCCGCAGGAUGGACUGACAAACGUAGAAACAACGCAGGUGUCGCGGCGAAGCCAGCUUCUCGGGUCCACAGCCGCGCCGGCAGCCCUCGUUCUCGCAGGUCUAGCGCUGACGCCCUCCGCGCCCGCAGUCGCAGCCCCCCGGGCAGCGCAGUCCGCAGGCGACUGGUCCACGCCCGGACUCGCCGCCAAGAAUCCAGAGGGACAGCCGGAGUUCUUCAAACUCGACAACGGGGUCAAGGUGCAGGAGCUCUCGAUCGGGUCCGGCAGCGUCGAGGCGGGUCAGACGAGCGUGGUGCUCGUCGACUACGUCAUCCGGCGCUCGAACGGCUAUUUCAUUUAUUCUACCAUCGAGGGGGUGUCGUUCCAGCCCAAGGACAUCCCCGUCGGACCCGUGCUGCUCAAGCUCGGCAGCGGCGAGGUCGUUCCCGGCCUCGAGGCCGCCAUCGUCGGCAUGCGCCCCGGCGGCAAGCGGCGCCUGCUCAUGCCGCCCGACGUCGGGUACAAGUCAGGCGCGGGGGGGGAGUUCCAGCCGCAGCCGCCGACGUUCGCGACGAAGCGGCAGCUGCAGGUGCACUCGGGCGAGCCGCUCCUGUUCGAAGUCGAGCUGCGGAGGGUUGACGGCAAAGCAGCGUGA